AUGACGCACACGCACAGGCCGCACCAGGUCCUGUUCCUGGCGGUUGUCAGCGCGGCGAUAGGCAAGGUUUGGCAAGCGAUCGUCACAUCUAUGGUCGUCGACUGGCGUCUGAAGCAGGUCAUCUUCCUCGCUCCGACGGCUUUUCUGCUCCCUGCUUUGUCUGCCGCACGAGAGUCUCCCCGCUGGCUUGUCGCGAAAGGAAGGCUCGACGCGGCAGAAGUAGUCAUGAUGCAGGCUGCCAAGACGAACAACUUCCCGCUUGCGGCCACCGCCUGUCUCGUGCGAAAACUCAGGGAACAGGUCGAGAAACGCACGGGUCAGGAAGGCGCAGACAGAGACGACUUGAUCGACUGCCACUCCCUCCGACGUCGAGCGUUGGCCAUAUUCUCUGUCUGCUUCUGCAUAUCCUUCGUCUUUCACGUCAGUGCUUUCUCGACGGCGCGUUUGGGGGAAUUCUGGAUCCCGGGCCUCACGGUGGUCGUCACGCUGUUGACGUACGCGGCCAUGCACUUCUUGAUGACCGGCGUCGCCCUUAUUACGGUCCUUACCAGUUGCUUCCUGCUGACGGGCAUUAUCCAAUGCGCGCUGAGUAUCGCCGCCGGCGCCAGACUCGGCACUAUCACCAAGGUCUUGCUCGUGCUAUCCCAGGGCGCGUCAAGUGUGAUUUCCAUCCACUGUUACACAUACGUGCUCGAGUUGUUCCCGUCGGCCGUGCGGGGAGGCGCAAUCUGUUGGGCGGUCGCCAGUUCACGCGUCGGGGCAAUGUGCGCGUCCUUGACUUUCGCGCUGAAGCCGACCGGACACGAAGACGUGCUCUUUGCCGUGACCGGACUGUUCAUGUUCGCCUGUCUGCGUGUCAUCCGUGCCCUGCCGCGCACUACGGUGGUGGAGGAAGCGAAAAUCGUGACCAGGCUAGCUUCGGACUCCACCAGAAUGGCUGUCGACCACAUGAAGCGGACCCUAGUUCCGCAGACUCAAGGAAAGGCGCUCAAGAAUUCAAGCUCGGAGAGCUCCAAGACAUCCGGCAGGAAGAGCCGAAAAAGCCGUGCCAGCAGCAUUCCUGGCAGUACUAAGACAUCCCGUAACUUUUGA